AUGGUAAAUUACUCAUUAAGCCCGGAAAAUCUCCACUUUUACCACAUGGACGAAGAUCGCUACCCGCGGCUAUCAAGAAAGCAGCAGCUGCACCGAUGGGACACACUGUACAGCAUGGAAUGGAUAUCGUCCCAUCACCACAACAUCGUACCGCCGAGUGCGGUAGAAUGUGGUACCAGCGGUACCACCACGAAGCUUUACCUAGGCCGUGCCGAACACGCCGGUUCCAUUACGCCCGGGUUCGUCGAUCCGUCUAAGAAGAUUUGCACCAUACCGUGGGGCGGACAGGCACACGAGAAAAGUGUGUACGAGAUACUGGCCACAUCGGGUGAGUUUGUACCGUGCCAAGAUACGAACACACUGCUCCGUGCGACACCGGCCGGUGUGUCGGAACAGGGUGAACCGCUGUACUUUGGACGGGUAAAGGUGGAUGGAAAGCUGAUCUGUGGUAAGGUGCAACGGUCCCACAACGUUUGUUACGUACCGCACAAAAGCAAAGAGAAAGCUGUCCAAAACUUUGAGGUGUUUAUAAAAUCAUAA